CGUGUUGGUAUGGGAACAAUCUGACCUGGAUGAGGCUGAUCGUGUCCAGGGCAGCCCCUCCGAUCAGCAGCAACUGCGUCCAGGUACACGAUGAGCGUCGAUAGUUCCUUCCUUUUCUUUUUCUUUUUUAUUUUCCUUUUUCCUCGACUCGAUCGGAAUUAAUCCGCCCUUGCCUCUCCUUUCGCACCAAAUCAGUUAUUUGCAAUGAUCUCGUUGCUUUUUCAGCCAUUAGCUGUUGACUCAUAUAAUGCCACCCCGUAAGCAGCAUAUACCUAUUUUUAAAAUUACGACCUUUUGCCUUCUAUGUAUUCUUGCGGCCUUGCGCCCAGGCCACCUUCUAGACUAUUUAUCCUUCUCUGGUCGAAUGGGCACCGCACGAGUGCCGAAUAACCCUCGAAUUACCCUCGAAUAAUUUACAAAUAACUACACGUUCUUCUCAAGUUCAAGUACAAUAAUGCGGGGGCUGAAAGGCACAACUAGAAUUGAGAAUGUAUCUAACUUGGCAUCAACGUAUACAUUUAGCUGAUCGCAGAGCAAAACUCGGGGAAUUAGCCAAGUCUCUCGCUAGCAUGUAUUUUUUGCGUUUGCACGACCGCGAUUACGCAUUCACGGAAAUUAAUUAUAGGCGAAAAUUACUGAACAAAUGAUAUGAACGUUGGGAGGGGAUAGCCAUAUUACAUGAUACACGCAAUGUACUAUGUACCUAUGCAGCUGCUAUCAUCAGUCUUCGGCCACGUGUUUGCCGGUUGGCAUGUCACUGUUGCCCCGUUCUCAAACUUUAAACUCCGUCGGGCAGUUAUGCGUGCCUCAUUAUCUCCUCGAGCGAACACUCAUCGGUACGCGACACAUUGUCACGUUCAUGCUUUUCCUCGGUAUGGCCAAUGCUUACGUCAUGCGCACGAAUAUGUCGGUAGCAAUAGUGGCCAUGGUAAAUCACACGGCGAUUAUGAAUAAUGAUGAGACGGAGCCAAUAACGAACGAGUGUGCAGUCACUGAAAGCAACGCUAACGCAUCUUGGCACGAAUUAGAAAAUUUGAAACAUUCAUCAAGUGAUGGAGAAUUCGUCUGGGAUUCUACACUCCAAGGAUACCUCCUCAGUUCUUUCUUUUAUGGCUAUGUCCUCACGCAGAUACCCUUUGGCAUAUUGGCUAAGAGAUAUGGAUCCAAGUACUUUUUGGGUAUAGGUAUGCUGAUCAACUCUGUUUUUGGGUUGCUGGUACCUAUCUCUGCACAGUGGGGAUAUUAUUGGCUCAUGCUUGUGCGCUUCAUCCAGGGUCUUGGAGAGGGUCCCAUCGUGCCUUGCACUCAUGCUAUGCUGGCCAAGUGGGUACCACCUAAUGAAAGGAGCCGGAUGGGUGCAUUUGUUUAUGCUGGUGCUCAGUUUGGUACAGUGAUAUCCAUGCCACUUAGUGGUCUUCUAUCUGAUCAUGGCUUCGCUGGAGGCUGGCCUUCCAUCUUCUAUGUAUUUGGUACAGUUGGUACAAUCUGGUGCAUCGCCUUCUUAAUAAUGGUGCACGAGGAUCCAGAAAGUCAUCCACGGAUAAGCGAUGAUGAAAAGAAGUAUAUCCUCAGUGCACUUUGGGGUAAUGCAGGUGCAUCGUCACCACCUGUACCAUGGAAGUCCAUUUUUACGUCAAUGCCUUUUUGGGCGAUUCUCAUUGCACACAUGGGUCAAAACUAUGGUUAUGAGACUCUUAUGACUGAACUACCCACUUUCAUGAAGCAAAUUCUUCACUUCAAUAUUAAAUCAAAUGGAAUAGUGUCGGCGCUGCCGUAUUUGGCGAUGUGGCUCUUCUCCAUGUUUAUAUCUCAUAUUGCCGAUUGGAUGAUAUCGAGCGGCCAUUUCAAUCACACCAUUACCCGAAAAAUUGUCAAUGGCAUUGGUCAAUUUGGACCCGCAAUUGCUCUCGUUGCUGCAUCUUAUACGGGCUGUAGCCCUUGGCUGACGGUCGCUCUUUUAACCAUCGGCGUUGGUCUAAAUGGUGGCAUAUACUCUGGCUUCAAAGUCAAUCACCUCGAUAUUUCUCCAAGAUUCGCCGGAGUGCUUAUGUCAUUCACAAACUGUCUUGCAAAUCUUGCCGGGCUGCUAGCACCUAUCACUGCUGGUUACAUCAUCGUCGGCACGCCUACACAAGCCAAAUGGAGAAUAGUGUUUGUACUGUCGACUGCCAUAUACGUGAUUUGUGCCACAUUCUACAUAAUAUUUGGCUCGGGUGAGCGACAAGCUUGGGACAAUCCGGAAAAAGAUAAUGAAAUUAAAGCGAAAAAGAAGAAAUUGGACCAACAUCUUAAAAGUGUUAAAACGAUAAACGAAACACGUCACUGAUGCUUUCACAAUUCAUGUUAUCAAUCAUCUUCAGAUUAAUUACCAACAAUAAAUAUGCAAUCACGCAUGGCAUACGGAAACAUAGUAUUGAAUAUAAAGAAAAGUAAGAAAGAGAGAAAUGAAUGGAGGAAGGGGAAAGAAGAAAAAGAGAAGAAAGAAAAGAAAGAAAUAGUCAUAUCUCAAAAUAGUCCGAGACUACAUAAUUACUUUGUUAUAAUACACGUAAUUGCUUUACACCCGACAUUUUUCACUCGUGCAUUCAUUCCCUUAAAAUUUACAAGUCUCUGAAAUUUAAUAUUCUCGUUUAAAUUCUUUUGUACGAUUUAUACGCUAUUUUGCAGAUUGGUUUUAACGGCGUUGAAAAAUAAGUGUUUAAAAAAAAUUAAAUGCAAAAGUGAAUAUGAGGAAAAAAGAAAAUGCUUAUAUGUGAGAGUACAUGAAUAAGUCGUUUACACGUAAAUCUGUGCCUAUAUUUUCCUAUAUCAUUUAUAUUAUAUAUUUGUAUAUAAAUA